UUCGUUGGAGGCAAGCUUCAGGGAGGGACUCCCCUCUGCACCUCCUAUCUCAUGAAUCGCUACCGGAGCCGCUGACGGUUCGGACAUGCAGUUCUCCCUGCCAAUCCUGUAGGGCGUCCAACCUGGUGGACUCGUGAGCAAAGAGAUGUUCCCAUUCUGCCGAGUGGGGAACAUUCCUUAUGAAGCUACUGAAGAGCAGUUGAAGGACAUCUUUUCUGAGGUUGGACCUGUUGUUAGUUUCAGAUUGGUAUAUGAUAGAGAGACAGGAAAGCCAAAGGGUUAUGGCUUCUGUGAAUACCAAGACCAAGAGACAGCACUUAGUGCCAUGCGGAACCUGAAUGGACGUGAAUUCAGUGGGAGAGCACUUCGAGUGGACAAUGCUGCCAGUGAAAAGAACAAAGAAGAGCUGAAGAGCCUUGGCACUGGUGCCCCUGUCAUUGAGUCACCUUAUGGAGAGACCAUCAGUCCUGAGGAUGCCCCUGAGUCCAUUAGCAAAGCAGUUGCCAGCCUUCCACCAGAGCAGAUGUUUGAGCUGAUGAAACAAAUGAAGCUCUGUGUCCAGAAUAGUCCCCAGGAGGCACGGAACAUGUUGCUUCAGAACCCUCAACUGGCUUAUGCUUUGCUGCAAGCACAGGUAGUGAUGAGAAUUGUGGAUCCGGAAAUUGCCCUGAAAAUUCUGCAUCGCCAGACAAAUAUCCCAACGCUGAUUGCAGGCAACCCUCAGCCAGUCCAUGGUGCUGGGCCUGGGUCAGGAUCCAAUGUGUCAAUGAACCAGCAGAAUCCUCAGGCCCCUCAGGCCCAGUCUUUGGGUGGAAUGCAUGUCAAUGGCGCACCUCCUCUGAUGCAAGCUUCUAUGCAGGGUGGAGUUCCAGCACCAGGGCAAAUACCAACUGCUGUCACAGGACCUGGCCCUGGUUCCUUAGCUCCUGGAGGAGGAAUGCAGGCUCAGGUUGGAAUGCCAGGAAGUGGACCAGUGUCUAUGGAACGGGGACAAGGAACCCUACAGCACUCGCCCGUGGGACCUGCCGGGCCUGCAUCAAUUGAGCGAGUUCAAGGGCAGAGAACAUGGAUGAUAUGGGCAUCUGUCCGAGGCUGUACUCCCUCCCUACUGGUGUCAGGAGGCUUGGAUGGAAUAGCAGUCUUGCCGAUGCAAGACCCCAGAGCAGCUAUGCAGCGGGGAUCCUUGCCUGCCAACGUCCCAACCCCUCGAGGCUUGUUAGGAGAUGCUCCAAAUGAUCCACGGGGAGGCACUUUACUUUCUGUAACUGGAGAGGUAGAACCUAGAGGUUACUUGGGACCACCUCAUCAAGGUCCACCCAUGCACCAUGUACCUGGCCAUGAGAGCCGAGGACCACCCCCACAUGAGCUGAGGGGAGGGCCAUUACCCGAACCCAGACCUCUAAUGGCAGAACCAAGAGGACCCAUGCUAGAUCAGAGGGGUCCACCGUUGGAUGGCAGAGGUGGAAGGGAUCCCCGAGGAAUAGAUGCACGAGGGAUGGAGGCCCGAGCCAUGGAAGCAAGAGGGUUAGAUGCCAGAGGACUGGAGGCCCGUGCAAUGGAGGCCCGUGCAAUGGAAGCUCGUGCGAUGGAGGCCCGAGCGAUGGAGGCCCGUGCGAUGGAAGUCCGAGGGAUGGAGGCCAGAGGCAUGGAUACCAGGGGCCCAGUGCCUGGCCCUAGAGGACCUAUACCUAGUGGAAUGCAGGGUCCCAGUCCAAUUAACAUGGGGGCAGUUGUCCCCCAGGGAUCCAGACAGGUCCCAGUCAUGCAGGGAACAGGCAUGCAAGGAGCGAGUAUACAGGGUGGAAGCCAGCCUGGCGGCUUUAGUCCUGGGCAGAACCAAGUCACUCCACAGGAUCAUGAGAAGGCUGCUUUGAUUAUGCAGGUUCUACAACUGACUGCAGACCAGAUUGCCAUGUUGCCUCCUGAGCAAAGGCAGAGUAUCCUGAUUUUAAAGGAACAAAUACAGAAAUCCACUGGAGCACCUUGAUAGGUUUUCAAAAAUACCUGGCAAGAAAUCUGGAAAUUCUAUAAUUUUGUUGAAAUAUUGAAAAACGAUGACCUGCAUCCUAACCCUUGAAUGACUCAAAUCAGUGCCAGGUGGAGGACUCCCAUCACCUUCUCUCAGAACAAAAUCACUUCAUUUUAUUGUCUUAGUUUGUAUAUUUUCUGUGACUUGAAAUAAACUUUGAACACAAUUUUAGUACACUGCAAAU